AGAUUGAUAGAUGUACGCAUCUUAAACAGAAUACUUCAUGUUUUUGGAUAGAAACUAUAUAAAUCUGUUUUAUACAACAUGCUCGUAACAAAACUCUUUUUCCCUAUCGUUCUUUUUCAGGCGUGUUUCGUAAACGGUAGAAAGUCCCAGGCGGAUAUUGUUUAUAGUGACUUGUUUGCGGACUACAAUAAAAAUAUACUUCCACAGGAGAAAAGAAGUGUACCCGUUAAUGUAAGUAUGACGUUUCUUCUCUUCGGGAUUCGAGAGUUUGACGAACUGACCGGGAAAUUUUCGGUAAUGGCUGCGUUUUACUUGACUUGGACAGAUUUUCGAUUAAAAUGGAAUGCUUCUUUGUACAACAAUACAAACGUAUUGGUGAUUUCCGAAAGCAACAUUUGGACACCAAACCCUGUUAUUGCAAAUCCUUAUGAUAGUAUGAAAGGGUUUGUCAACAAUAUGUUCCCCGUGACUCUCAAUAAUCAAGGGAAAAUCAUCUGGGUACCUGGUGACAUCAUAUCAAGCGUAUGUGACGUAGAUGUGACGCAUUAUCCUUUCGAUGUUCAGAUCUGUGAAUUAGAUUUUGUAUGCUGGGGGUAUUCUUCGUAUUCUCUUGUCCUACACAGUCCCACGAAAGAGCUACCAUUGACCCACUACUCAAAGCACGGAGAAUGGAGAUUAGUUAACACAACAACCAAGUCCACGAAUGAUGGCAUUUCGUCGGUUAGUGUUAAAAUAGCGAUGCGGAGACGACCGAUGUUUGUUGUACUAAACUUCAUUCUUCCUGUAGUUUGUAUGACAGUUCUAAAUCUGUUAGUUUUUGUUUUACCGGUCGAAAGCGGCGAGCGUGUGUCUUAUUCUAUCACUGUUCUCCUGGCCAUUGCAGUGUUUUUCACACUCGUGGGCGAAAAUCUGCCAAAAACGUCUUUUCGAACCGCAAUAGUAUCUUAUUUUCUGUUUUCCUAUCUCAUUAUUAGUACAGUUAUAUGUGCAUUUGUAAUACUAAGUUCGUCUCUGUACUAUGCCGAUGCAAAGCGACCCGUUCCUAAACUGUUGCUUCGAGUACAAGAGAAGCUCCGUUCAAGAAAAUCCCAUAGAGAGAGGAAGUAUGCGCUUAAGGAAAAAAGUGAUGACGUAUUGUCCGACGACGAGGAUAUUUUGACGUGGAAAAUUCUGUCGCGUUGGUUUGACAAUUUCGCACUUGGUAUCUGUGUCUUAGCAAUUGCUGCUUCUGUUACUGUGUUUUUCAUCAUAGUGCCAAGGGAACAGUAAACGUGCACUGAUAUCACAAAUCAAUAAAAAAUAUCUAGAUAUGUGUUUUAUUAUGCCAACACAGUAAAUUGUUCUUCUGUAUGAAUAAACUGCUUGAAAGGAGCGAUUUAACAUGUUGAUUGGGUGUAUUCUUAAUUAAAAAAGCAUUUCACUUCAAUUUUUUCACUUACCCUUAACCGUGAUGUAAAUAUAUUUAUAUAUAUAACUUCACAUUGAUUUAUUAAUUCUAAUACACCUGUAGAUAU